AAAUUAUCACUAUCUUUAAUAACCCUUUAAAAAAAUGCAUUAAGGACACAGUCACCUAAAACUAAAAAAAAAAGCUGUAGUAAUAUUAUUAACUCUUUUUUCACAUUAUGUAAGACGUCAAGUUUUUAACAUAAAAGAUAAAUUAAUACAAAUUUUCGAUAUUCAUAGAAAUAACUGUUGAAAUAAUACGAACAUUAUAAUGAUAAUUAUACCACUAUGGUAUUUACAUCACCUCCAAUCAAUUCUUUAAAUGAUUUACAAUUAUUUUUGAAAUAUUUAAGUGGCUUAUAAUAUAAGAAUUCAAUGAAUUAAGUGUCCAUGACAAUCAGAUAUAAACGUUGACUAUGUUGACAUUUGAGUUCAGUUUGUUUUUGCCCGUAAAAAUAAGCUAUCAUCUCGAGUAAGCAUUCAGAGUUAUUUAACUAAUUAUUAAUAUGGCAAACGAAAACAAUACGGAAAGUCAUAUUUAUGAAACAAAUAUGAAUGUUGUGAAACGCAGAAUUGAAGAAUUAUGGAAUCGUCGUUUCAUGAGUUCCAAUUUAGUCGUUGAUUGUUCAGAAGAACCCCAAAAAUCAAAAAAGUCCGAAGCAAAUUCUGGUGGAAAUAUUAACCCUGAAACAAAUUCGGUUAAACCAAAAAAACGUAACUAUCGAAAACAAAUUGAAAGUGAUGAAAUUAUUGCAGAAAAAGUGAAAUUGAUACAGCGAGGAGAUAUUGCAACACUCAUUAAGAAUGAAAAAUCUGGAAAAUAUAAAGAAAAACUAUCAGUUCCUGCAAAAAAAAGUUAUAUACCAAUUCUAAAUGACAAAGCACCAUCAAUACCAGCAUAUUUAUUAGGAAAAAGUUUUCAUAAGAAUCACUUGCAUCGCAAUAAAUGCGAAGAAAAAAAGCAACCCGUUGAAGUAUCGUCCAAUGAUACUGGUCGCCUUUACAUAGAAAGUAACUUAUCUGAAGAACAUGAUGAAGUCAUUAAAAAGUUAGAAGCUAAUAAUGAACCUUCAAUAACUUCAAAUGACGUUACAUUACCAGACGUGUCCACUGAUAAAAUAAAAGAAACUCCAGAAGAAAAAAUAAUUAAUUUACAACCCACAAAAUGUGGAAUAAAAGAACAACUCCUAGAGUUAUCCGGUAACACUGUUGUAAGACCAAAUUUGAAAAGAAAUUCAUCGGAGAAAGAUGAAAAAGUCAUAAAAAAGCCGAAAGUUAGUUCGGAAGUUUCGGCUUCAAAUACGAAUGACGUUAACAUUCCUGCCGUGUCCGUUGUCGAAAUUGAUGAAAUACCGGAGAAAGAAAUAGGUGAAGAUUGGUUGUGUUAUAAUUUUUAGCUUCGACGCGAAGCUGAGGAGGUAUUAAUAUUACUAUGAUAGCUUUUUUUUUGUCUGUUACCACUCAAUCUCAGCUCUCACUGGACCAAUUUUUAUGAACAAUACAAAAUGUAUCUAGUCGAAGA